AACGGAGAUAUAUUACAACGGGAAAACGUACAUACGAUUAACAAAUUCGCGCAAAAAUCCCCAAUCGCAUAGAGAGUAAAAAAAGCCCUAACCGGCUAACCGCCUCUGUCCUCAAAGAAAAAAAUUCAUUUUUAAAAUCUCCCGACUGCUUUCCUCUUGGAGAUACACUAAAAUCUGUUGGAAGUUUAAAGAUUCUGUGUUUGCAGAUAUAUAAAGGGAUCCAUUGCCAGGAGUUUAAACGAUGGUAAUUGAAGUGGAAGAGAUGGAGAAGGCGCGAACCAGGAAACGGCCUCGUCUUGGGUGGGACGUGGCACCAUCUGGGCCAGAGGCGCAACGAGCUCUGGUGACUGCUCGACGUUCGUCGCCGCCGAAGAGGGAUGAUGAUCACGAAGGCCAUUACGUUUUUAAUCUCGGCGAAAAUCUCACUUCAAGAUAUAAAAUACUUAGUAAGAUGGGUGAAGGCACAUUUGGCCGAGUAUUGGAAUGUUGGGAUCGUCAAACGCGAGAGUAUGUUGCAAUUAAGGUAGUUAGAAGCAUACGUAAAUACCGUGAUGCAGCAAUGAUUGAAGUUGAUAUACUUCAACAUCUUGCUAAGAAUGAUAAAGGAACCUCACGCUGUGUGCAGAUUCGAAAUUGGUUUGAUUACCGCAAUCACAUUUGUAUCGUGUUUGAGAAGCUUGGGCCAAGUUUAUUUGAUUUUCUAAAGAGAAAUAAAUACUGCCCAUUUCCUGUGGAUCUUGUUCGGGAAUUUGGACGUCAGCUUUUGGAAUCUGUAGCAUGUGUGUGGAUUGUUCUUGGUUCCUAUUUUAUCAUCUUUCUUUUUCUUACCAAUCACCCUGUUCUGUUUUUUGGCCUCUUUUGUUUGUUCAGGGGUAGCAUCGGGUUAUGUAUUGUGUCCCUUUUGUUUAACAAUUUUUUUUUCUAUGCUUUAAUAUAUCUGGCAGAUAUGCAUGAUUUACGCUUAAUCCACACUGACUUGAAGCCAGAAAAUAUUCUUCUUGUAUCAUCUGAAUAUGUAAAGCUUCCUGGCUGCAAGAGGAGUUCUUCAGAUGAAACGCAUUUCAGGUGCUUGCCAAAGUCAAGUGCCAUUAAGCUGAUUGAUUUUGGUAGUACUGCAUUUGAUAAUCAGAACCAUAGCUCCAUUGUUUCUACAAGGCAUUACAGAGCCCCUGAGGUUAUUCUAGGUCUAGGUUGGAGUUUUCCAUGUGAUCUAUGGAGCGUUGGUUGUAUACUUAUUGAACUCUGCACGGGUGAAGCAUUAUUUCAGACCCAUGAGAACUUGGAGCAUUUGGCGAUGAUGGAGAGGGUAUUAGGACCUCUUCCUGAGCACAUGAUUGGAAAGGCCAAUCGGGGUGCUGAAAAAUAUUUCCGAAGAGGCUCUAGACUAAAUUGGCCUGAAGGAGCAGUGUCUAGGGAAAGUAUUAGAGCUGUUAAGAAGCUUGAUCGUCUAAAGAAUAUGGUAUCACAACAUGUAGAGAGCUCAAGAUAUUCACUCGAAGAGCUGUUGGAAGGUUUAUUGAAAUAUGAUCCAUCUGAACGUCUCACAGCACAUCAAGCUCUAAAUCAUCCUUUUUUUAAGAAUCCAAGUUAAGUGGAAAUAGUAAAUCAAUGAUUUCAUAAUGCUUGGGAUAUCUGAGUGACAAAUGGCAGAGGCCACAAAUUUUGAGAUUCCAUGUAUGUAUGUUAAUGUUGGUUUUAGUGAAAAUAUAGAAGUUGCAUCUGUUGUGAAGUCCUCAAUAGCCCGGUAAGGCUCGUCUUUGAAUUGUUUAAAAGCAGUGCUUAAAAUGGAAGAAAAAAGAAGUUAGCUUCAUUGGGGGAAGUAAAGGUAGGGUUCUGUCUGAAUUUGUUCACAAGAAGUGCACAAAAUGGAAGAAAAGAGGAGUUCAUUGAAGGGAAGCCAAUUAUUACCCUUUCUGUUAAACAUCAGAUGAGCAAUUUUGUUGUACAAAUAAAAUUUUUUUAUUUGAUUCAAUCUGGAGAACAGUUCGGACUUUUUAUU